AUGACGUCAUCACUCUCCGUUUCGUCACUGCUCGCGACAUCGCUAACUCCUCCCUCUUAUAUAGCUUCCCGCUUGGAGGACAUUUUCGUUCACGUUGACGUCGGCACCGACACCGACCCCCCACGUACUCAGACAUCUUACUCUGAUGGCUCCUCCGUAAGGAUCUCUCGAGAUCUUGCGCUUUCGCUCUCUUUCCCGCGAAAUUCGAGUCAUUGUUUCUAUUUUUUUGACGAUCCCUUGCUUGGUCUUUCGUUUCGAUUCUGUCGCAGCGCCGCGGUAGAGAACUUGCCUCCUUCAUUGAACUCCAGCGCCGAGCAACCUCCUCUUUUCGAUGGAACAACGAAGUUGUACACCUGUUACACAUGCCCAUUUGCUCAGCGCGUCUGGAUCACGAGGAACUAUAAAGGACUGCAGGACGAGAUUAAGUUAGUUCCUCUUAAUCUUCAGGACAGGCCUGCUUGGUACAAGGAGAAAGUCUACCCCAUGAAUAAGGUCCCGGCAUUGGAGUACAACGGGAAAAUCAUUGGAGAGAGCCUAGACCUCAUCAAAUAUGUCGACAGCAACUUUGGAGGGCCUUCUCUUUUCCCUGAUGAUCCUGAAAAGAAGAAGUUUGGUGAAGAACUGUGGACUUAUGUUGAUGAAUUCAUGAAGAUAGUCUACACUUCAUUCAAGGGAGAAGGACCAAAAGAAUGUGAACUUCAUCUUCUGUGUCAGGUCCUGCUUUCCAUCAUCUGGAGUGCUCUUGGCAAAUUUGAGGAUGGACCAUUCUUUCUCGGCCAAUUCAGUGGGGUGGACAUUGCCUACAUCACAUUUGUUAAAAGAUUCCAAUUCUUCUUAUCUGAAGCAUUUAAGUAUGACAUCACUGCUGGCAGACCUAAGCUAGCAGCAUGGAUUGAGGAAAUGAACAAGAUCGACGCUUACAAGCAGACAAAGACUGAUCCUAUAGAACUUGUUGAAUACUACAAGAAGCGCUUCACUGUAAUGCUUCCAACCCAGCUCAGCAGUAGUUGGAGUCAUGAUCAUGCCAGGAGUAAGGAAACAGUUGAAUGGCUUGAUAGUUGA